AUGCAUCGAGAUUAUUAUGUGAUAAACGAGGCUAAGAGUUGGGACCAGGCCCAAAGUUACUGCAGAGAGAACUACACUGACCUCGCUACCAUCGGCAGCCAUGACGACAUGAAGAGGUUGGUGGCCGUGACUGAAGCCAGAGGCCUCACAAGACAAAGCUGGAUCGGUCUGAGGGAGACCGGGGUGGGGUCCUGGCUGUGGUCUGCAGGGGAAGCACAGAUCGGUCACGGGUUAGCUGAAUACACUAACUGGGCCGGUUCACCUGAUUCUUCUCACAACUGUGGAGGCAUGAGGGCUGAUGGGAAAUGGCUCAGUGCUCUGUGUGAAACAACACUCCCUUUCGUCUGUCAAGAAGGGAUUUAUUCACAAAAUGCAUGUAUCACAAAGAAAAGGCUUUCUCAGAACGAGACGACACCGGCCAGAAACGUCCACAACUCACACACCGCACACCACGACCCACUGGCUGCAGGAGCACUCUCCUCACUGAAUCAGCCGGCUGCUGUCAAUGGCCGAGAGCAACUCUCUUCAAACCUUUUAAUCUUUACAAUACCUUUUACAAUAUUCACAGACGUGGGGUCCGGUGGAUUGACUCUCAUUCUUGAAGAGAAGUCAUGGAGGGAAGCCCAGGAGUACUGUCGCCUAAAUGAUGCAGACUUGGCCAAUGUGAGGAGCCAAUUUGAGAAUCAGGCGUUACAGCAAAUGAUUAAUGAAAAUGCGUCCUCGCUGUCUCUGGUGUGGAUCGGUUUGUUCAGAGAUGAGUGGGAAUGGUCGGACCACAGCAACAGUUCCCUCAGAUACUGGGAAAAAUCUCAGCCAAAUAAUGACGGACACUGUGCAUUGUACAGCCCUUCUCAAAAGAAGUGGUUUGACAGAGGGUGUACUUCCGAGCGUUCCUUCAUCUGCUACAAAGCCAGAGAAGAAAGAAAAUGGAUUGUGAGGAUGGAAAUGAAGUCAAAUGCAUUCUUAAAGUUCAGUGACUCUGUUGUGAGCAAAGCCAUUUUGAACCAAAUCCAACAAAAGUUUGAGGUGAUCAUGCUUAAGUGGAGAGUCCAACCAGAUGGGAGGAUUUUCCAUAAAAAAGAAGAAAAGAAGAAAAUCAAUGAAGCUUGUUUGAAUAAUUUGAAGUGAAGUUGCCACGAUGAAAUGACCUGCAGUGAAAAACAAGACAUAAUAGUUACUUUUGAGUGUCUGUAUGGGCGUGUUAGCAUUUAGUUAACCCUAGCAUUAGGUAAACAGAAAAUAAUUAUUAGAAUUAAUUAUACACAGGCCAUUACGUUUCUUGCAGUGCACACAGAUAUUAUUCAUAUAAUACUGAGGCUAAAUUUAAGUUUCGAACACUCUUCAAUGCUCACUCUUGUUUAUCAUUAACAUCUGUGCUGUGUCCUUUUGCAGAAACAAUAUUUAAAAAAGAUCCAUACAUUUUUUCCUACAUAACAAUCAAAGCCUUCGAGCUUCAUCUUAAAAGACCGUCGUCCUUUUGUGGCCCAAGAGGUAACUGCGCAUUAUUCAUGUUUAACAUUAAGUUCUUGAUAAAAAUAUAAUUUUUUUUUAACAGUAGGAUUCCUUUUCUGACAUAAAAAAGUAUGUUGUUUAUUCAAUUUGCUGUUUUUUGCUUGGUAUACUUGUUUUUUUGUUUGUUUAUUGUGAUAAAAUCUAAUCUAAGGAGCUGUGCAAAAUCUGAUUGUGUGAUGUCCUCUGUAGAAUUGCAUUUUGGGUAAUGUAGUCACCAGUGAUAGAGAAGAACACAGAAU